AACAAGAACAGCCAGAAGUAGUACACAAUCAAGGCGACGCAAGAACAUUCUUAAAACCACAUGUGCUUUGCUGAUUCGACAGGUGAAAGUAUGAGCUACGGAACGACAUUUUUGUUGUUGUGCCUCAAAUGAUUUAUGUUGUGUAGAGAUAGAAUUAGUCUCAUGUUGAUGACCUUGUCGUUACAGUGUGUAGAAACUAUACAUGUGAUUAGCUAGUUGGUACUGGUUCUCGUGGUAUCUUGAACUGCAUCAGAGAAUGAAUGUUUCGUACUAGUAGGCGAAGACUACUUGUUGGCAGCUUGCAGGUUGGCAGGUGACCGGCACGCGUUGCAACGCGUGACAAGUGCACUGCUGGCAAGGUUCGUGUCACGACCACGAUUACUGGGAACAAUACUUCUCGCGCUGGGAAACUACAUUUGCAGUCACGAACAACAAAAAAAUCCAGUUUUUGAUCGAUCAUCUUGCUCGGAGUUUUUUCUUUUUGAAGGUCUAAUCCUCUUUCCGGAAAGAUAGAAGAUGGCGGCAGGUGAGAGCCAGAAGGGCGGCGUCGCGGCGCCUAAGCCCAAGGAGCAGGCGAACAAGAGCAAGAAAGACCAAAAAAAGGAGGAAUUGAACGAGGAGGACCAGAAAUUGAAGGAGGAGCUGGAGUUGCUCGUCUCGCGCGCUUGCGAAAAGGUGGAUAUCAAGGUGAAUAAGGCGUCGCUGGACACGCUAGCGGACAAGCUGAAGACCGCUAGUAGCACAAUGACAUCAGUACCCAAGCCGCUGAAAUUUCUGCGCCCUUCAAUGGAGACCAUGAAGAAAUAUUACGAAGCUGAAAAGACCGGUUUUUUGAAAAAGGAUUUAGCCACCAAACAACUCUUCUCCGACAUCUUAUCGGUCCUCGCGGCCGUGAAGAGUCCACCAAAACCGAAGGUAGAUCCGAAAAAAGCGAAAGAAGAGGAGGAAAAGAAGAAGGCAGAGGAAGCUGCAGGUUUCUCAUCAUUCCUUGUGAGUAAUGAUACAACAUUUUCUCAGCACGGACUGUUGUUAGAAAACAAGGAUUUUUCGCGAAACAAGGCCUUAAUUUUUCCGAUGUGCUUAUCUGGUCUAAAAAAGCCAUUUUUAUGUUUUUUGAUUUUCAUCUCGGGCCUGGACGAACUUUGCCGGAUAAAAUUCCUAAAAAAAACCAGCUGCGGCAAAAGAGGCAGCUGGAAAAACGGACAAGCAAAAGGAGCAGGAGGAAGAAGAAGCAGCACAAAAAGCGAAAGAGGAAAAAAAGGAGGCAGCCUUUGUAGAAGAGCUUGACCCAUAUAAAGCCAACCGAUCUCGAGAAUGCUUGAGGUACUUAAUAUCUGCAUUCACAAUCAGAUUCAGUUCAUUAUAAUAUGAAAUAGCAAGCAGCAGGAAGCUGGUAAUCGCUCAAUUCACUGUCGUCAUCUUUCCCCAAACCAACUCGGUCUAUUUCUCUACAACUAGGUAUCGCUUGGAGGGUACUCCAGGUGAGACUUUCGUUACUUGGGGACACGAAUAUGUCCGCCACCUCGCAGGUGAGCUUAUGUACGCUUACAAUGCCAUUACCGAGGGCGAGGAGGACCCUAUGGAAAUCGAAGGAGAAGGUACUCAUUGCAUUAUGAAAUUGAAAAAGGAUUCAGCAACUUUUUCUGAUGACCAUAAGUCCAUGCGCGAUUCUGUUUUACGACAAGAAGUAAGACAAGAACAAAAUAUAUUUUUCAUUGUCCCGCAACUCUGAGUUCAAGGUUGUAGUCCUGAUCAACAACCGACUGUUUACAAUUUUUUGGCUAACACAGCAAUUAUGAUUUGUACACCAGUCACCAUCCCUGAAGGUUAAGGAAAUACUUAAGUUAGAUCCUUAAUUACUCACUAUUAUCACUCAGAAGCGGUUGAGGAGAGCUACAAGCCACCAGUUCCGGACCUCCUAAAGCUGGUUUCGAUUAUUGUACCGUUCCAAAUUAAACAUGCCGAGGAGACGAUGGCUAUCGAUAUGCUUUUCGAAGUUGGUCAGGUCGAAAAAUUGCCCGAUCUCAUCGACAGCAGCACGUAUUUUGAAAACUACUUACACCUUUCGUUGACUGUUCGUUGUGGAAAAGCACUCAAUUAUUCACUCUGGUUUGUUUUAAUGAAGCUUUUAACACCUGCACCCGAUAGAUACAGUCCUUGCAGAAUCAAUGGAACAAGUUAAGUACGACCCUUCGGGCUCAGAAAAAGAACUCCUUCUCUCAAUCAUUUCAACUUCAGAUGUCAUCGUGUAUGCCUUUAUCUUAUGGCUUCGUCUGUGUACGCGGGAAAUGCAGAGGACACUGCAAAGCUACAAAGAAUAGUCUUUGACAUAAACAUGAAAUUCAAGCGCUAUCCGGAAGCACAGAGGGUGGCGCUGAAAAUGAAAAGUCACGAACUCGUAGAAAAAGUCUUCGAAGCGUGUGACAGCUUGCCAACGAAGAUACAAAUGGGUAUCGAUUUGCCAUGCUUUAUCUUGUGACGCGAAAAAUUUUGUCUAUGAUGAUGAUAGUAAAAAUGUUUCCAGCAAGGGCCUUAUCCUUAUUCUAUGUGCUCUACUUAGGAUUUGUUAUUGUCCUUGUUUUCUCUUUCUCCUAUGAUUCAGGUGGAAUGCAAAUGCACAAUUCGUAUCAACAACAACUCCAGGUUACGUCUUGCGGCAGCACAGAUACAAUUAUCCACAAGCGGACGAAGCAGGUUGGGAUGACAAAGUAAUGGAAGCCUACAGUGGCGAGAACUGGAUGAAAAAAUAUUACAAGCAUCUGGCAAAGGAACUUGACGUACUUCUACACUGCUGCAUUAUCGCUCUAAAUUGAACUAUGAACUGAUAUUGAUGUUUAAUGUUUAUUGUCGUCUAGAAGUGGUUGCUCGUUGUAUUUUCGAAGCACCUCUGCAAUUUAAGGGGAAAAUAAAAAUCUCACUUUUCCAACAUCAGGACUCAAUGUCUGCAACAUUUGUUCGCGGUUAUUGCCAGAAUAGAUAUCAACUUUCAAAAUGUCAGGUACUUGAGCCGAAAUUGCCAGAGGAUAUCUACAAGUCACAUCUAGAAGAAAAGAAGACCCAAGUGGUCCUCGAUAGUGCGAAGCAGAACUUGGCGUCGACAUAUGUCAAUGCUUUUGUGAAUGCAGGCAUGGGCAAGGAUAAGUUGAUGUUAUGGAAGAAGACUGAUAUAUGUAACUAGAUAGAAGUGUUUCAUACGAAGAAUAUUUUGUUGUGCUUGCGCAGCAUCGAUCUUUGAUGUGAAUUAAUACCUGUAUUGGCUACGAAAUAUGUCCUCUCAUCUAGUACUAAAACUUGAUAAAGCCAAGCCACUAUAAUUCAAUCUUCCUCUAAUCCUCACCGUUGGCGAAGUGUGGCUGUACAAGAACAAGGAACACGGAAUGAUGGCUGCUGCAGCGUCAAGGUCUCUGAUUAGCCUCUGGGAUACUGAGGUACUCGACGAGGUUGAUAAAUACCAGUAUGCUUCCGAGGAGUGGAUCAAAGCAGGAUACUUUUUGUCUCUUGGAAUCGCGCUAUCCAACUGUAAAUCAGAGACCGAUCCUGUGUGGGCGUUAUUGCAGGACACCGUGGAAAAGUAGUUUUUUGAUUGAUUAAUUUUGGUUCAUCUCCGAAAUCUUUUUUAUUAAGAAGCAAGGUAAGGAAUUUUGUUUUUUCGAUUUUUCUAGUGUUGUGUUGUCCAACGACUUGUUUGCGUACAUGAACAUUUGAUAUUUCCUUUUCUCUGGCUAAUACGAUCAAUUUCUUCAUGAUCAUCUCAAAACAGUGGUUCCCAGAAGGAGAAGAUUGCGGCAAUUAUGAGCUUGGGAUUUGCCUACGCUGCGACAGAACACGAGGAAAUUGUGGAGAAUUUAACGCCACUUAUAGUCGACGUCGACGCGCCAAUAGAGUACUUCUGCUGAUAAAUAUUUCUAGAAUACAAGUGCUUGAUCCCCUCUUGGACCACAAGGAGGACACCCGCUUAGUGAGUAUAACAUGUCGUUCCCGAAUACGUUUUUAAAUGAACAAUUUCGCAUAAGAUGCUCAACCAGUUUGUCUACCCCACUUUCCAUCUUACCUAAACAGAUUAUCCGCCGUAUGCGCGUUAUCAGUGGGAAUGGUCAAGAUGGGGACUGGAGAUGGCGAUAUUUGCGGCGCUAUCGUUGCAGCUCUGGAGGAACGCAUGAAGCUCACUGGUGCUCUGGACAGCAGUGUUGCAACACUCUUCCCAAUCGCAUUAGGCCUUAUCAUGUGUGGUCGCGGCGACAGGAGUGUCGAUGACUAUAAGCUUGAUACACUGGUAAUUUUUACUUGCAUUUCGGACUUCUAAUAAGUUCUUCUGCUGGUGUAACUGGUAACAUUUAUUUGAACUGCACUAAGAAAACGUCGUCAAGAACAGAAGAAGUGCACAUUGUGUCUCUCGUUGAGCAAAAUGAUGUAUAAUCAUGGACUUCGAAUAAACAUCUAAGUAUGUAUGUGCCUUUUUUCAGUUCGAGCAGUUGAAGCAAAUUACGCAUCCGUUGGGAGCGUUCGCGACAAACUUGAUUACCGGUUUUGCUUUUGCGGGGUCUGGCGAUGUGCUGCAAGUUCAGAAGAUGAUGCAAGUUGCAGGUGAACACAAUAAGCAUAACAAGGACCCAGAGCCCGCUGCUGCACCGGAAGCAGCAGCUGGCGGUGCUGGCGCGGACGCGGCUGGUGGCGCGUCAUCGUCGUCCGGCGGCGAGGCAGGCGCAAAUCCAGCCGCGUCCAAGGACGACACCGCGAGUCCGGCUGGAGGCGCAGCUCUUCUGAGUAUCGCUGCAGUCGCAUUUUCGGACGACCUCUCAAGGGACAUGUGCAUGCGCAUGGUGGAGCAUAUUCUGCAGUACGGCAACUUGCAGUUGCGGCGAACAGUCCCGCUCGCUAUUGGGCUCCUUUUUGUUAGUAACGCGAAACAACAGGCUAUCGACCUGUUGAGCAAACUUUCACACGACGCGGACACAGAGGUUGCUACUGCAGCUAUCGUGGGCAUGGGUAUCAUGGGUGCAGGUACGAACCACGCGAAAAUAGCUGGCCUCCUCCGACAAUUAGCGGCUUACUACUGCAAGGACGCCAACAUUCUGUUCAUGGUGCGCAUCUCACAAGGGCUUCUGUACAUGGGCAAGGGCUUGAUGACGCUGUCCCCCGUCCAUUCAGACAGGUUACUGGUCAACAACGUGGGCAUGGGAUCGCUUCUAGCGGUCAUGGCAGUGAUGCUCAACGCCAACUCACUCUUCUUCACGCACAACAUGCACUACCUCCUGUACUACUGUUUUCUUUGACUUGUGAUAAAAAAUUGCUCUAUGAAAUAGCCUACCAAAUCUGGUUUUUGACCUAAGUAGACGAAAGAUCAAGAUUUUAUCAUUCCUGAUUUUUCGGUGUAUUUUCUUGAAAUUGACAAAGCGGAUUUUUUUUUGAAGUACGUACUUUACCUCUUCAGGUACCUUGUCGUCCCGUGCUUGGCACCGCGCAUGCUGAUUUGUGUAGACGAGGAGGGAGAGGUUGUUCCGGUUACAGUGCGCGUAGGUGCGGCUGUGGAUGUAGUCGGACAGGUCGGAAACCCUAAGACGAUUACUGGUUUCCAGACACACACAACACCAGUGCUCAUGCAGACUGGUGAGCGUGCGGAGCUAGCAACCGACGAAUACGUUGCAGAAACCUUUGUUCUCGAUGGUGUUGUGGUUGUGAGAAAGAAUCCGGCAUAUAAGAAAGACACUGCGUAAGUAGGUUGUCUUCCUGAUCCAUCGCGAUUCCGGGGACCUCCAAUUCCAACAUCCUUUGCUCUACCCGACGAUUCCCCUGUGUAUUAGAAAUGAAUCCGGUCAUCAGUUCGAGUAUUCACCUGCAGCUGCAGGCACGACCUUUUCGGGGUUACGGAGCCCGAAGCUGUUGGUGUACAGGCAUGUUGGCAUCAACUUGAGGCCAACUACAACAAUCCAGUUUUUCAAGGAUGCCAUAUCCAUCUGUGUCCCACGUUGAUCGAUAUUUCGUUUACAUCCAACAGAAGAGUUAUUCUUGAAGCAAUCACGUUUACGUUAUUUUCAGAUCAACGCAUAUUUUUAAUUUUAGGUAGUUAGUUUUCAAUUACUAGAAGUCGACGACACGUAAUCUUGAGGGAACAAGAAUAUGGCUACCCAAAAGACCCGGACAUGAAUCCUUCCUCCCCUUCACCCAGAAUACCUUGUUAACUACCUUCUCUGUGUACGACGUGUGAGCUGGAAAAUCGCGAUUGCUCGACUCAAGCGACAUCGAAACUACAAAGUCCCAGAAUGCCAAUCUGGGCGCGAACACUAUGGCUGAGACGGAGACGGCUUUCCGUUCUUCCUUUCUGAUUCGCGAAGGUUAGCAGCAGAUGAAAAGGGGAAGAAAAUAUUCUGACAUGUCGUAGUUUGAUAUCAAUUGCUUGGUGCGUGGGCCGUGGUGCCAUCCUACCGAAUCUGU